GCGGGGUUUCGCUGGGGAGACCGAAGUGGAGACGAGAGAACCGACAUUUAUACGCAAUGUGUUGAAGAACGCGAUUAUUCCUUACGACACUUCACGCAUCGCUUGCUACUUGGUGGAUACGGCGUCGGCUAACUAGCAGCAUAGAUGCUCUGAAAAUGGAGAGUAACAACCCAUCCUGGUUCUUGUAUGGGCCUGGGGAAGCACGUCUACAGUCACUCCCCGUACCGGAGAUUCAGGAUCCCCACGAUGUCAUCGUCCGCAUUGCCUACGUUGGAGUCUGUGGAAGUGAUGUACAUUUCUGGAAACACGGCGGAGUCAACAAGAAGGUCAGCAAGGAACAACCGCUAGUACUAGGCCACGAAGCUGCUGGAACCAUUCACACGGUCGGAACUGCCGUCAAGUCCGUUCAAGUCGGUGAUCCCGUUGCCAUUGAGCCUGGGAUCCCAUGCCGGCGCUGCAAGGCUUGCAAACAUGGCACCUAUAAUAUUUGUCGAGAGAUGAGGUUUGCGGCCGUACCACCAGAUGUGCACGGUACCUUGACGAAGUAUUACCGGGUACCAGAAGACUUUGUCUAUAAGAUACCAUCGGGAAUGAGCCUUCAAGAAGCGGUACUCAUGGAACCGCUCUCUGUGGCCGUGCAUUCUACUCGUCUGGUCAACGUCACUCCCGGCCAAACCAUUGUGAUCAUGGGCUCCGGGUCGGUCGGUCUUCUGUGCGGCGCAGUUGCGAAGGCAUUUGGCGCUCACCGAGUUAUCCUGGUCGACAUCCUGGAACACAAGCUGUCAUUUGGGUCCGAGUUCCUCGAUUGCGAGACCUUCCUUACCAGCUUGGACGAAACGCCAGAGGAGAGUGCGACUCGUUUGUUAGAUAUGCUGGAUGCUCCAGAAGGGGUCGAUGCUGUGAUUGAGGCUUCCGGUGCUGAAGGUCCAGUCCAAAUCGGCAUCUAUGCCUUACGGCGCGGUGGUAGUUACGUUCAAGCCGGUGUUGGGAAGCCAAAGGCAGAGAUCCCAAUCUUGGCCCUGUCCCAGAAAGAACUCCACAUCCAUGGAUGCUUUCGGUACGGACCUGGAGACUAUGACCUAGCUCUAAAGUUGAUCACCAAGGGAUCCAUUGAUGUUAAACGUCUGAUUACCAGUGUAACGCCCUUCGAACACGCGCCGCAGGCUUGGGACAAGACGGCCCGGGGUGAAGGAAUUAAAAACCUGAUUCAAGGUGUGCAAGACUAG